CAACUGAGUUUUAUGAGAUCUGUCGUUGCUUUCCAGCAACUCUGACUCUCCGUGGGUUAUAUUUAUUCUAAAGAGGCUCUGUAAAACAUGAUAUAUUUGUGCUAAAAAGGCUCUGUAAACAUGAACCAUACUCUUUUGCGAGCCCAUCUCACCGCCGCGUCUGCUGGUGAGGCGCACAGAGGAGCGCAGCGUUUGGAUGGAAAUCGGCUGCGCGUCACCAUUUCAGCAUUUCUGCUAUUGCAGUAAAAAAACAAGAAAAUUAUGUAAAUCUGAAGUAGUCACUCUUUACAUGUGAAUCAACCCCCGGCUCGGAUUAAAGUGUAAACACGUUCCAGUUUUCCAACCCUGGACGCACUUUCGCGGGGACGCAAGUUUGACGGCACCCGUGCCAAAACAAUGGGGAGCAGCACGAGCAGAGGGAAGAAGAUCGCACCUGCAUGUGUGACCGAGGUAAACGGAUGCGGAAGAGAUGCAAACGCCGGCUCUCCAAAACGGGACACCCGUUCCCUCAAACCACUGACGACGCCAAAGUUCACCAAAGACGCCGACGCCGACGCGCCGAGCCGGGCGCUGUCGGACUGCCACAGCCAGGGACGCGACUCCGACUUCUCCGUGGAGGAGGAGGAAGAGGAGGACGACGACCACGGCGACGUUGAAGGGGAACUGGACCGAGUUGUGUCCGAUUGCGUAGAGUACGACGACAGGGACACUAAACGUACCCCCAAGACGCCCAAGAAGUCUUUCAUCAGAUCCAAAACUUUCGGACUCUGUCAUCUGAAACGGGUCCACACGGAUAAUGGGCUCAAUUCGACGCCCCGGUUGCAGACAUCAAUGAAAGCUGAGGAAGCAUGUGGUGUGGAUGUAAACAGGAAGAACGACGAUGAGCUCGGCCACAGUAGGAAACUCACACCUCCGCGCCCAGACAAUGGACAGAGUGGGCUAUUGACAAGAGGUCCCUUCAUGGAACCGGUUCCCAGAUCAGGGAAAAACUCACCUUUUGGCAAUCGUCAUAAGCCUUCCUUCGCCCUGCCUGUCAUUCUGUACGAUGGAUCAGAGGAAGAGUUGAUGGACACUAUUGAACGAGAGUUUAGCUGACCCCCAGCAGAGGCUGCUAGCAAUCUGGCUGCAGUCUUUUCUUUGCAAGCAUCUUGAAGCUGAAUAGUCUUCCCGGAGAAAAGUUAAAAUGAUGGUGUAACCAAAGAAUUUUGCCUUUCUUGAAUAUCAUAUCUAUCCCAAUAUUAAGCCAGCUAAGCCCAAUAAAUCUACAUUACAUGUUUGUAAUCGGCGGCACAGUGGCGCAGUGGUUAGUGUGGUUGCCUCACAGCAAGAAGGUCCUGGGUUCGAACCCCUGGGUAGUCCCAACCUUGGGGGUCAUCCCAGGUCGUCCUCUGUGUGGAGUUUGCAUGUUCCCUCCGUGUCUGUGUGGGUUUCCUCCGGGUGCUCCGGUUUCCUCCCACAGUCCAAAGA